CCUGUGAUACGGUCCGUGGACUUACGCGACCACGUGCUUCUUCCACCUGUGUAAUGUUUGUCCACUUUAGAACGUUUCGGCGUUGUCUAGCCCUGUGUUUGCAUCCCUGUUCUGAUCGUCGAGGCUAGUGAAGCUCUGAAGAUGUACAUCCCGGACACAUCCCGCAAAUACACUCCAGAAGAAAAGCAACAACUUCUCCAGAAUCUUGACAUUGAAGUCGAACACCGUGUUCGCCAGCUCGAGGAAUGGCUCGCAGACGCGCUCAAAAACUUUCGACUUCACCAAGAAGGCCUUAUCUCCCGCAUUCCCAAACUCGUGCGCGGCGUGACCAUGGGCGAGUUUGCUGAUAUCUAUAAUGGCGACAUCCAAGCGUGUCUUCGUGGCCUUGUAGGCGGCGCUCCGCCCAAUCUCGAGAUCGACCGUGAGACCCGCAAGCGCAAGUGGGAGGAGGCUAGUGAGGGCGAACGCGCAGUUAAGAAUGCAAAAAUGAUGCAUGCCACUCCCAAGAAGAAACCUCCGCCUGCUAACACAGGAACUGCACAACGCAUCCGCACAUUCUCUGCGGCAGUGCCGCGUACCCCCGGACAACUCCGCACAACCUCCCGCUUCCCCUCUGUCAGUCCGCAGAAACCGUCUGCCCUCCCAACAUCUCCCUCUAAAUUACGUGUUCCAUCGCCAUUCAAAGUUCCCUCUUCGCCUGGAAGAUCGAUGCCUUGGAAUGCCAAACCACCAUCUCAGGCAAAGCGCCCACCCACCAGCGCAACCUUCGCCCCAACUUUGCCUGUCAAGGCCCCCACUUAUCCUACCCUCCGCGCACCCCGUCGCGACGAGAGCAUGCUUAGUUUAAAUGGAUCUCCGCUGGCCAACCCAUAUAGGCUCGGCUUAGAGUGGUUUGCUACCGAAGAGGAAGAAGAGGGUAUCAAUAGCGUGGACGCGAAAACCAAGGGCAAAGGAAAGGAGACGCAGGUAGAUACGCAAGGCGAAGGCAAGACACUAAGACGCGUAAACAGCAUAGUCAUACGACGUGAUCCAUCCGUCUCCCUCGUGCCCUCUUCAUCCACCCAGACCACCUUCUCCCAAACCCACUCACGGGCCAACUCUCAAACUCAGAACCAUCACCGCACACACUCACGUACCAACUCGCGCACGGCAGCUCUUGUCCCGGAGCCACUGGCGCACAAACCCACCACGCCUUCUCUUCUGCCUUCCAGCUCGCUUUCGUCUCUCCCUUCCACAUCCUCUGCCCGUGCAGUUGUCGCGAUCUCAACCUCCGAUGGACACGUCAUCGAGUUCGACCCACUACAAACAUCGCCACGCGCACUCAACGCACUCGUAGGCAUCACCGACAGCGCGAAGAAACAAGCACGUGAGGAGAUGGGGCGCUUGGUGCAGGCUGCAGUGAGUAAGUGGAGUAUCGCGUAGCAUGGCUAAGCAGGCGUCUACUCGCGCCGUGCAAGCCCGCGUUAGGCGUGCUGCCAUUUUGCGACCCGGCGCGGCUCAUAUAAUACUAUGUAUAGAUCUUCGAUUCGUCAUUCACCUCUCUAACGUAUCCGUUGGACACUCGACAUUUUAUCGCAUGUUCCAGUUAUUUAUUUCGCACCCCGAGCAUCGAUGUAAAGAUGUAGCGCUAGCAUAUACAGCUUCCUCUUGACUGCCACAGGCACCAUUACUAUAAGCGCCCGAAAGAACUUAAACAUGAUGUACAAAACAUUAGUCCUACCAGCGCCGCGAACGGGAACAAAAUUACGGUGUGAUAUAUUAUACGCCCUUUGCUUUCGUUCGUUGGAUUAAUAUAUACAAAGGAUAUCAUGUGGAGAGGGCUCCAGGGGGCGUGUCAAC